AUGACUGAAAACACUGGAACAGCAUCACCAACAAUGGAACAUACCGUUGACAACAAAAGACUUCUCCCUCCUGUUACAGAUUCUAAUAACCAUCGGACUAAGAAACCAAAAUUAAGAAAGUACAAGGCCAAAAAGGUUGAUGCAACUUCUCCGAUGGGUGUCCUAGAAUUUGAAGUGAACGAUUUGUUAGAAUCUCAAAAUUUGUCCCGAGAGCAGGUUUUGAAUGAUGUCGCUGCAAUUCUGAACGAUAAGUCCAAAACAGAUGGGCCUAUCGUCGUGCAGUAUCACCGAGAGGUAAGAAAUGUCAAGGUCUUAGAAAUUACUUCUAAUGGCAACGGGCUGGCUUUGAUUGAUAAUCCCGUUGAACCAGAAAAGAAGCAAGUCGUUGUCAUACCGUUUGGGCUGCCCGGCGAUGUUGUCAAUAUUAAAGUUUUUAAGACGCACCCUUACUAUGUCGAGAGUGAUUUAUUAGACGUAGUGGAAAAAUCACCUAUGAGAAGAGAUGAUUUAAUUAAGGAUAAAUACUUUGGGAAAUCUUCAGGAAGUCAAUUGGAAUUUUUAACUUAUGAUGACCAACUAGAAUUGAAAAGGAAAACAAUUCUGAAUGCCUACAAGUUCUUUGCACCAAGAUUAGUCGCUGAAAAAGUUUUACCUCCGUUUGGCACCACUGUGGCCUCUCCUUUACAAUUAGGUUAUAGAACCAAAAUUACGCCCCAUUUUGAUAUGCCAAGAAGAAAACAAAAGGAACUAUCAAUAAGACCUCCUCUAGGAUUUGGUCAAAAGGGUAGACCUCAAUGGAGAAAGGAUACUUUAGACAUCGGUGGACAUGGUUCGAUAUUAGAUAUCGAUGAAUGUGUACUUGCAACUGAAAUCCUCAAUAAAGGACUGACUAAUGAGAGAAGAAAGUUCGAGAAGGAGUUUAAAAAUUAUAAAAAAGGCGCCACUAUUUUACUGAGAGAAAAUACUACAAUUUUAGACCCUUCUAAACCAACUUUGGAGCAGUUAACCGAAGAAGCCUCCAGGGAUGAAAAUGGUAUUAUAAGCUAUGUCGAAGUCGAAGACAAAAAGAACAAUAUUAAGCUGGCCAAGACUUGCGUUACCAAUCCUAGACAAAUUGUCACUGAAUAUGUUGAUGGAUAUACUUUCAAUUUCAGUGCAGGUGAGUUUUUUCAAAAUAAUAAUUCCAUUCUACCAAUAGUGACUAAGUAUGUCCGUGACAACUUGCAAGCUCCCAAAGAUGGUGAUAAUGAACCGAAAUUUCUGGUGGAUGCUUAUUGUGGAUCAGGCCUUUUCAGUAUAUGCAGCUCGAAGGGCGUAGAUAAAGUGAUUGGUGUAGAAAUUUCCGCUGACAGUGUCUCUUUUGCAGAAAAAAAUGCAAAGGCAAAUGGUGUUGAAAACUGCAGAUUCAUAGUCGGAAAGGCUGAGAAGCUCUUUGAGUCCAUUGAUACUCCCAGUGAAAAAACCUCCGUCAUCUUGGAUCCACCACGUAAAGGCUGUGACGAACUAUUCCUGAAGCAAUUGGCGGCAUAUAAUCCAGCCAAAAUUAUUUACAUCUCAUGUAAUGUCCAUUCCCAGGCACGUGAUGUCGAGUAUUUCCUCAAAGAGACAGAAAACGGUUCCGCUUACCACGUCGAAAGUAUAAGGGGGUUUGACUUUUUUCCACAAACGCACCAUGUUGAAAGUGUGUGCAUAAUGAAAAGAAUCUAA